AUGAACAACUACCCCACACUGAGUCCAAAUGUACGCAAAGUGAUGUCUAACAAUCCUCACACUUGUCUAUAUUUCUGUAGAGCUCGUGUGGCCAAGCUUUUGAGCAAGGAGUGCAAGUUCCUGCAGAAGGGGAAGGAGGUGCGCCUCGGGAAGGGCACGUACGGGCGCGUGGUGCGCGUGAGCUACAAGGGCAAGGAGUGCGCCCUCAAGCUGGCCGCCCCCGGCUCCAAGGUGGUGUUCGAGCACGAGAUGGAGAUGCUGAGGCGGCUGCAGGGCGCGGGGGGAGCGCCCAUGGCCCUGGCGUACAGUGAGGAUCCGUCGUGCCUCCUGAUGACGUACCUGGGCAAGGAGUGCCUGGCCGACGUGCUGAGUGCGCAGCGCAGCCAGAAGCAGCUCCUGCAGCUGAGCGUGAAGCUGGCGGAAGCCGUGGCGGCCGUGCACGCCGCCGGCAUCGUGCACUGCGACCUGAAGCCCACCAACGUGAUGGUGCAGCUGCGCGGCGCAGCAGGAGCGCCGUCGGUGCACAUCAUCGACUUCGGGAUGGCACUUCCCGUGGGCCAGUGCCACCCCGAGAGCAGCAAAGGGCGGCAGUCGUGGUACUGCGCGUGCGUGCACCAAGGCACGCCGCUGACGGAGUAG